CGGUGCGCGCCUCCAUACUUUCUUCCGCGUCGACGCUCGCGUUUCCAAGUUUGCUCUCCGAACUUAAUCUCCACGGAGACUGCAUCGGGAUCUUUAGAGCUUUUGUGUUCCACUCUAAGACGGCCAAAACAUGCGCUCUGAGACUAACGCUCAGCGACGGAGUUUCUCCAUCUGCCUACAGUUCGCCAGAAUUGGCACUUUUCUAUCGUGUUCUCGCUGAACGCAAUCGAGGAUGAAGUUUGGCCAAAGCGUUUGCAUCUUAAACGUGGGCGGCACGCGGUACGCUUUUCCCAUGGAUGUGCUGAAAGACUUCCCUCUGAGGAGAGUGAGCCGCCUGCACAGCUGCGCGUCGGAGCGAGAGGUGCUUGAAGUGUGCGACGACUACGAUAAGGAGCGCAACGAGUUCUUCUUCGAUCGUCACGCUGAGGCUUUCGGCUUCCUCAUGCUCUAUGUAAAGCAUGGCAAACUGCGCUUAGUGCCACGAAUGUGCGAGCUCUCCUUCUACAACGAGAUGAUAUACUGGGGUUUGGAAAGCUCACAUCUGGAACUGUGCUGUCAGCGUCGCCUGGACGAUCGCAUGUCCGACACAUGCACCCACUUCACCGAGGAGGAGCGACGUGUCGAAGACAAAGAUGACCAAAAGCAGCAAGAGCAACGGAGUCGGCGAGGCACUGGGCGCGUAAAGGACGCCAAGUGGCUCGAGAGCAUGCGCAGGACCUUCGAGGAGCCCGCGUCCUCAGUGGCCGCGCAGAUUCUCGCUGCUGUCUCUGUCCUUUUCGUGAUUGUGUCAAUGGUGCUCCUGUGCGCGAGCACUCUGCCCGACUGGAAAACGGCCGAAAGUAACAUGGUGGAGGAGCACAGGUACACAGAGUCUAUAGACCAUCCGGCCGGGAUCAUCGAGGCGGUGUGCAUUGGCUGGUUCACAGCAGAGUGUAUCGUACGUUUCCUUGUGUCACGUGACAAGUGUGAGUUUGUGCGUCGUCCACUGAAUAUCAUUGACCUGCUGGCCAUAACGCCUUACUACAUCUCCGUGACCAUGACAGUCCUGACUGGAGAAAACUCACAGCUGCAGCGGGCCGGUAUGACACUGCGUGUGCUACGCAUGAUGCGCAUCUUCUGGGUAAUCAAGUUGGCUCGCCACUUUCUGGGCCUGCAAACACUGGGCCUGACACUGCGCCGUUGUUACCGGGAGAUGGUCAUGCUGCUGGUGUUCAUCUGCGUAGCCAUGGCCAUCUUUGGAGCCCUGGCCCAGCUGCUUGAGCAUGGCCUUGAUCUGAAGUCCAGCAAUGAGGAGUAUGCCAGCAUCCCUGCCGCCUGCUGGUGGGUUAUUAUCUCCAUGACGACUGUCGGCUAUGGAGACAUGUACCCCAUCACCGUGCCAGGGCGUGUGCUAGGAGGCCUUUGUGUGGUGAGUGGCAUAGUGUUGCUGGCACUACCCAUUACUUUUAUUUACCACAGCUUCGUGCAGUGCUAUCAUGAGCUCAAGUUCCGCUCUGCUCGCUGCACCAGGAGCCUCUCGGCUGAAUUCCUCAACUGACUGUGUCUCUGUCAGACUUUUACAUGGACAUUAUUUCAAUAGAUUCAGUUUGUUCUCUCGGCUCAGUGAAUGAUCUGAACCAUUCAAAUAUCUGGUCUCAGGUAGAACUUAGGAGCUUGGUCUUAAAUGAGUUUACGUAUGUUUAGCCCAUCUGGUACUCAACUCAGUCCACUGAGGAACUUAGAGUCUACAGGGAUUAGUUCCAGCCCUGCUCCACAUAAAUUCAUUUCACUAGAAACACAGACUGGAACACAUUCAGUCAGGUCAAGUGUGGUGGUGCAAAGUUGGAACAAAUACUGUGAACUCUGUGUUCCUCCAUGGUCCAAGUUGAGAGUCCAUGGUUUACCCAGCAAGUCUACCGCUGACAUACAAAUUUUCAGGAAGUCAGGAUUCACUCAGCUGUGCUGAUUUACAGUAGCAACAUUUACUGGCCUUUCACAGUUAGAGGCAAGGCUACCAUGGAAAUGUCUUUCAGUCCAGAUAUCCCAGUCAGGGGCAAACUACAGGAACUGCUGGUGGGCAGCUUUGACUUGUCUACCAGAAACCUUAAGCACACUCAACAAGGACUAAAAAGCUUCAUCCUCCCAGCCAGAAGACUACUUCAUCCGCUAGAUAUGGCAUGCAGCCACUGAAAGAUUUUUGCUUCUUAAUAUCAUCUAGACAACCUACAGUUUUGGCAAACAUACAGGAGAAAAAAAACAAUUAAACUAAUUUCAUUGAGUUUUUUUAUUAUUAUGAUAGCAUUGUUUGUAUUAAAACAAGUUCUCAGAUCUCAGCAGUCCAGCUGUCCCUGAAACAAAAUGUUAGGUGGUUAUAUAAGGGUGAAAUGUGCAAACACUCAAUGAAAUUAUUGUGUAAAAUCCAAUGAUGUGUGACACAAAAUCUGCAGGGACAUUGGAAAAACCAAGCAUGAGAGAGAGAAAGAGAGAGAGAGCCAUAGAGAGGAAUGAUGCCUAACUGUGUAGGCAACUGUGCAGCAUCGCCAAAUAUGUAAAGUGGAAGACAGAGAGCUACUGACUGAGAACACUGAUAGAUGGUUUAAUUGGCCAUGCGAUACAUAUAAAGUUCUCCCAAUUCACCACCAGUGUGAAUCCAUUCUAGCUCAACAUGUCUUCACAUUUGAGCAGUGAAAAGCUUUGAGUAUUGUGUUAUGUUAUGUCAAAAACAGCUUUUCUUAGAAAGAUCCCUGAUGGUUUAAAUAUGAGCUUAAAACUGAGUAGCUACUAGGCACAAAGAACGCAGUUCAAGAAAGCAGUUUGUUGAGAAAACUUUGUUACAGGUAAAUGUGAAUACAUAUAAUGAGACAAGAAUAAUAACAUAAACUAAUGUACAUGACAUUAAUCUUUCAGGUCUAAGCAUUCUGUUUGCUUCAUCUGUUGUUUUUUAUUUGAGAUUUACAUUUUUAUUUAAUGUUUAUUUUUAUGCAAAUUGGGCAGGAUUAUUGUUAUUAUUGGGGAAAAUGCUCCUUUUCACAGUAAAGAAAAACUGACCAAACUGCAUAUAAAUCACUCUAGCUUUUCAUAUCACAUGUACGCCUCAUUUCAAAGCCAAACGAAUUAUAAUGUCUCACCAAGAAACAGGUAAAAAAAAACAUUCAACUUCACUGAAUCUCACACUCUAUGGAAGGAGGGAACACCACAAAUUCACCUCAUAUCCAGCCAUGUUUCCUUUAACUGGGUGAUACUCCUCCCUGCUAAUUCUGUUAUUGUCACUAAUGAGCAUCUUUGUUCAUUUGCUGUCAUCUCACUGCUUUCCUCUUGAGGAACUGAUGUCUUGAUUGGAAGACGAUCCAUUCUGUGGGCCAUAAAAGGAAUGAAGAUGUAUCUGAUGUGCCUGAUGUGCUAUAUCUUCCUUUAUAUAUAUCCCUAUUAAAAAUUAAGCCCCAUGUCACAUGGGAGGUGUAAUUUCAUUAUUCUCUCUCGCUAUCUCUCUCUCUCGCUCUCUUUCGCUCUCUCUCCCUCACUUUCAUUCUCUCUCUCUCUCUCUCUCUCUCUUUAUUUUUGCCUGAUGCUGCUUUUUGCUGCCUCUUGCUUGUUUCCAUACACACAGCAGAUAAAGCUUAAGAAAAGAAUGUCAAAGCCAAUUUUUUUAAAUCCAAGGUCAGGAUGAAAAACCUUUUUCCCAAUACUGCUGAAAAGCCAGUUCAAUAUAUAUGGUAAACAUAAUUCUCGUUUACUUUACAUGUUUUGUCAAACAAACCAUUACUUUAUUACUUUACCAUUACUUUUUCAUUUAUCCUUAAUGAAAAGCUCAGGAUUUCAGUGAAAAUGAAUGUGGCCAUUGAUUUGAGUGCCAAAGGUUGAUUAUUCAACUGCCCUCUUAAGCCAUGUGAGUUUAUAAGGAGGCUCAUUUACUAAAUCGAUAAUACUGCCAGAGUCCACUGAAUAAAACUUUAUUCAGUGCUAUUUUUAAAAUCUUUCUGAAGAAUGAUAUUCAGUGUUUCCCUUUAAGGUUUUUAAGGACAUUCAUAAAUUUAUUCACUCACUUAAGUAAUCAGUAUGCAUACUGGUUUACAGAAUCUUAUGUACAAAUAUACCUUUUUAUAUUAUUUGUUUAAUUGCUAAAUCUAAAAUCAAGUGCCAAUACAGAAAAUUGUGUGUUAUGAUAUUGUGUUUUCAUACUGGCACUGUUCACUGUGAUGAAUCUACUGCCUACUGGCUAUAUAACAUUGUUUUUUGUUAUUUUAAUUUAUUUGAUAUUUGAAUUAUAACCUCAUACUAUGUCAAUCACAGAGAAAUUCCAAAUGUAUUCAGUCGAACCCACACUUGUGUAGGUUUUUGGCGUUUGAGGAUGAAGCCUGUUGUUUGUCACAUCAUGCAACAAUGUCCACAAAUACUAAAAAGUAAAACUUUCAAAAAACAAGAAAAAAAAAGUUUUUGAAAAGAAUAUGAAAAAAACAUUCAAAAUGCCGUUGCUUAUUUUACUCUAUGGAUUGAGUUUCUUGUAGGGGAGUUUAAACUUGAAGGUAAUUUAGUACUUAGAUAUUUUGUUACAGUAGAUUAAUAGGUGGGUAGCUAGGCUACUUUUGUAAAAGUCUAGUUAAGCCUAAAGUCUAAAAUUCCAGUAAUCUUUUUUAUUUGUUUUUAGCACU